UUAACUGAAGGAUUAAACCAGCAGCGUCAUCAAUGUCACUUGUACUUGCUGUCCUUGUAACAACGUUUGCAUUUGCUGUGAUGCUCAGUGGGACUCAAACUCGAGUGUUGAUGUUUAGGUACGAGCCUCGGGCUGAAGGAAUGGAUGAGAGCAGGAGGAAGCAGGAGCUGGAGAAAAUCAACAGUGAGCUGCUGAAGAAACUACAAGACCUUGACACUGACAUCAUCUUCUCCACUGGCCCUGAGUUUGGGACGGAGGAGGACUGUAUCUUUGUUGGCAUGGUCACCGAGGACGUUGAUGUUUCAGAGUUGGUGGACACAGUAGCUGCCCUCGGGAGGGACAUAGAGGAGAACGGAAGGCUACUGGAGAACAUGACAGAGGUGGUGAGGAAAGGCAUCCUGGAGGCAGAGCUGCAGCUGCAGAAGGCCAAUGAGGAGAAACUCAUAGAGGAGGGAAUGCUGAGACAGCUUCCUGUGGUUGGCUCUGUGUUGAACUGGUUCUCUCCAUUUCAAAGUUCCAUUAAGGGAAGGACCUUCAACUUGGCUGCAGGUUCCCUGGACUCCACAGAGACGACUUACUCCACCAAGGCCCAGCCAGGCAGGCCGUCCCUGCAAGAAAGUCCCACCUCCUCAUCAAAGAAACAUCCGGGUCAGAGGUUAUUCCGGCGCUCAGGGGCGGGCUCCGACUCCUUUAGUGAAACCAGCUCCAUUGGCCCAGCUGAGGAGACAACCAGAGAGGCGAGUACCACUCCCAGCGGUAGCAUCCACCCCCCCGCCUCUCCUCCUGCGCCUGAGGAGGACUCACGCACCGCAGAGGUUGUCGUACCAGAGAACAUCCAGGAGUCAUCUGUGCAGGUGCACACACAGCUGGAGGAUGAAGUGGCCUCAGAGGAGAGGCAGCCUGAAGGCCAAGAGGUAGAGCAGAGCGGGAGAUAGGAUACACUCUGUCUGCAGGUGUCCUCAACCGUCCUCUAAAUGGUACCAGCCUAACGGAUGUUAAAAGAAAGGUGUUGUUACAUUGUUAAUCUAGUGAAGGGAAAGUGGUGAUGGAGCUAGAUUGGGCUGUUUGUCUCUGUCCUAUGUCAAAGGAAAAUCCACCCGAUACUUCCAUGCUGCGAUGCUCACUUCAGUGCAUUCUAGUUAUUUAGUGAUUAGUAAAGUGUUCUGAGAGGUUGAUGAAAAGUCUUCUGCUGCACUCUAAAUAUCUUGACGGAUCAUUUCAUCCCUGAUUGGUCCUGUAUUCACAGCUAUACUAAGAAUACAGUAAACGACAGAAUGAAGUGUUUUAGGGUGGAUUUCUCCUUUAAAGGUAGGAUCUCCAUUUAAUACUCCCUUUAUCACUGAACUGGAAUUAUAGCAGCUUGAUGUUAAAGCAAUGAGUGUCACUGCAAUUACAAUGUUUCGAUUCCUCACUGUAAAUAGUCUACGCAGAUGUUAUAUAUCUAACCCAUGAAAUUACUAACUGUAAUUACUUAAAAUGAAUUCAAUCUGUAUAGGAGUAGAGUAUCAUAAUCUAUUUAAUUCAAAUAUACCUACUGAUAAUAGCAGUCGCCUGUGUCAAACACUCCCUUCAUGUUUGCAGUGAAACAAAUCUUAAAAAAAAGAACCAAAUUUAGAGAAAGAGGUCACAUUUUUAGGAAUAAAAAGUUGUAAUUAAUGAGUCACAAUAAUAUAAUUAUUAAUUAUGAGAUCAUUUUACAUAAUUAAUCAUAUUAUGAAAAUAUUUUGCAAGAUGAAGUUUUAAUGGUUCAUGAAAAAGUUAGUAAUUACUCAAUUAUAAUUUAAGAUGAAGUUGUAAUUCUAUGAGGAAAAGUUGUGAAUUUACAAACUGAAAAAGUCAUGUUACGAGAUAACAAUUUUAAUAAUAUCAUUUUAGUAAGUAUCAUUUUUGAGAACUAUAUUAUUAACCUUUAAGAACAAGCUAAAUGUUUCAUUAUUGGAUGAAGAGCAUGUCCCUGGUUUAGUUCUGUUGUUCUUAAACAUAAUAAUAAUGAACGUAAUGAGGUGCUUAUUGGUGAUCCUCAUGUUGACCUGUAGAUGGACAGACUGUUCUCUGUUCACUGCAGCGCAGUAAGACCGUAUACAUUUAGAACAUAACAGUCUCUAAAUAUUCCACAUUUUUCUCAAAAAUGACGUCUUUGUUCCCACAAUAUCAUGACCUUUCUAGUACAAUCACAACUUUAUUUUCAUAAUGUUUGACUUUUUCUCAAAAUUAUGACAUUUCCCCAAAAUACUAUGACUUCAUUCUCCAAAUUUCAAAGUUCUGUAUUAACAAUAUCAACUUUGUGAAUGAAAAUCAGAUUCCCUUCCUCAUUGCACAUGCAGCUGUGGUUUUCUGCAAAUAUAUGUUUGUGUUUGUCAGUAAUGCAACCUGAGCAGAAAGUGACUUUCUGUCACAGAGGAGCAUUGCUUCACAGGUACUCACUGUAGGAAGAUUUCUGUUCUUUGCCAAAAACAUCCUGCCAGACUUCCUGUCUGCCUUAUUAGAAGGCCAAAUAGAUGUGUGACUUUUUGGAAAUUCCCCCACCCACCACUAACGUCCCAUCUUUUUCCCUUGUCCCUUUGAUGACUUUUGGUAUAAAUAAUAACAGAUAGUACCGGCUGAUGAUGAGCAAGUUAUGUACAAUUUAUUAUGUUUCUUUGUGUAGAAGGUCACACAGUCCAAACGCUUCUCACACCACCACUGUGCUAAAUUGCAGAGAGCAGCUUUGUCAUGUUUGAGUUGCAGUCCUUCCACACUCCCAAAGGUCCCUGCUCACUUCUGGCCUUCCCAGUCCGUCUUGAAAGAAAUGUGGUCAAAUCUGUGGUCGUCAAUCCAAACUGUGGUCCUGGAUGUCACUGUGAGACACCCCACUAAGGACCACUAAGUCAUUAAAGGAAAUGACCUAUGACAUGCUAACUGCUUGUAGACAUGCCCUCAGAUCUGAUAUCACACAGAUGUCAUCAGACCAUCUCUCACAGUGUGACAUGGAACAAAGCAGAACUGUUAUCACACCUGGUCUAGAGGCCUUGAAGGGUUUUGCUUCAGCAGGAAAUGGAAGUGUGUUAUAAAUUCACAACAUGAUGGCUUCUCAUCAGUGAGUGAUUAUGAUUGAUUUCAUGCUUUUUGGAAUUUAAUUGGACUGAACGAGCCUUAAUUGGUCUGGCAGAAUGGUUUAUCGAAGUUAGAUUUGCUCUCAUGGAGGUGCCUAAAACAACCUGUAGUACUGGUGGAACAUGUAUAACGAGUUGUAAUAUGUGGAUUAAUACGAUGGGUUGACAAGGGAUUUACACAGUGAGAACCAAGAUUACAGAAGAAUCAAUUUCAUCUUUAUUGCACUUAAUCUGUAGAUAAGUUCUUGACUACUGAUCUUUAUUUCGUUUUUGACAUGGUGUAAAUGAAGCAGAAUCUUGUCGAUGAUUAUUUCUCUUAUUUAAUCCUAAUGCAAAGCUGAGUCAAUAAUGUCGCAACCUUCCGGGAACAUGUUUGAUGAAGAACUUUGAUUUGAUGUCUUGGGCCGUCCUGCCUGUCACUGUCUGAAUGAUUGAUUGUAUUUGAUAAGCAGAAUCUUUUCUCUUGAAUGUUUUCUACAAUUAGUUUACAGAAAAGAAACACUUUCACAUUUUCUGUAAAUUUUGUCUCUCAACAGAAUAAAUUCAAAGUUUUGUAGUCUUAA